UUAGUAUAUGUUGUCAACUUUUAAUUCUUCAAAAUGACGUGUACGGUGACGACAGCUGAGGCCACGCAAAUGGGGUUCCAGUGGCGCCUCAUGCAGCGCUGCUAGAGGAGGAGCGUCGCACGAUAAUUCACGGCGAUUAGACGAAAUCGCUUCAACUUUGUGAAAAAAAGCUGAAGAAUGACAGAAAGCGCGUUUUGGCGAGCAACGUGCAUGCUCAACAAACUCUCUUCCAUGUCACAACUGAAACAACUCCAAGCCAUAAUCACCAAAUCAGGUCUUCACUCUCACAUUACCUUCACAACUAAAUUCAUUUUCUUUUCAGCACUUUCUACAAUGGGCAACCUCUCCUAUGCUUAUUCACUUUUCCAACAAUCUUCCAUUGUUAUGAACAACCCUUUUAUUUGCAACACUAUGCUUCGCGCUUUUUCCAAAAGUUCAUUCCCUUUUCAAGCAUUGUAUAUUUAUAACCACAUGAAAAAUACCAAUGUUGUUUCUGAUAGUUUUACUUACAAUUUUGUGCUCAAAGCUUGUUCUAGAGCUUACAAGUUUAUACAAGAAAGUGGUAGUUGUAGUUGUGGUGAUGAUGAGCUUCGUGUUGUUUCUAAUAAAGGAGCUGAAAUUCAUUGCGAAGUUAUCAAAAUAGGGUUUGAAAAUGACCAUUGUGUUCAAAGCUCUUUGCUUUAUAUGUAUUCUCAAUUUGGGUUGGUUUCAGUUGCACACCACCUGUUUGAUCAAAUUAAAGAUACAAGUUUGGUUUCUUGGAAUAUUAUGAUAUCGGCGUAUGAUCGCAUCGACGAUUAUGAAUCGGCAGAUUACCUUCUUGAAUCGAUGCCAUGUAAGAAUGUUGUUUCGUGGAACACUCUGAUUUCAAGAUACAUUAGGUUAAGUAAUGUUGAGGCUGCAAGGAGGGUGUUCAGUUGUAUGCCUGAGAGGAAUGCUGUAUCGUGGAAUUCUAUGAUUGCUGGUUGUGUUUCUGUUAAAGAUUAUGCAGGAGCAUUGGAACUCUUUUCUCAGAUGCAAAAUGUUGGAGUCAAACCGACAGAAGUAACACUUAUAUCAGUUCUUGGUGCCUGUGCUGAAACUGGUGCAUUGGAUAUAGGUAACAAGAUACACGAGUCUCUCAAAGUGUGUGAGCAUAAGAUUGAAGGUUAUUUAGGUAAUGCCCUUCUGAAUAUGUAUUGUAAAUGUGGGAAUUUGAGCUUGGCUUGGGAGAUAUUUAACAGGAUGAGGAUGAAAACUUUGAGUUGUUGGAAUGCUAUGAUUAUUGGUUUGGCUGUCCAUGGUUAUUGUGAGGAGGCUUUCAAAUUGUUUUCAGAGAUGGAAGAGAGUCUUGGUAGUAGUAUUAGGCCGAAUCAAGUGACGUUUAUUGGGGUUUUGGUUGCUUGUAGUCAUAAGGGUUUGGUUGAUAAAGCAAGAUGGUAUUUUGACCAUAUGGUAAAGCGGUACCAAAUUUCGCCUGAUAUUAAGCAUUAUGGUUGCAUGGUUGAUCUUUUAAGCAGACAUGGUUUGUUGGAAGAGGCUUAUCGGAUGAUUAAGACCGCCCCUUUCCAAAAUAGUGAAGUGUUGUGGAGGACAUUGUUGGGUGCUUGUAGGACACAAGCUAACAUGGAGUUGGCUAAGAUUUCCUUCCAACAACUUGCCAAAUUUGAGCAACUAACAAUUGGAGAUUAUGUAUUGUUAUCCAACAUUUAUGCUGAAGCUGGAAGAUGGGAUGAGGUUGAGAGAUUAAGGAAUGAAAUGGAUUACCUGAAUGUUCCUAAGGAAGCUGGCUACAGCCAAAUCGAUAUGAAUGAGUCCAUCAAGCUUUCCUGAAUAAGCCAUUGGCCUCUUUUGCUGAGUUAUGGUAAAGAAACUUUUUCAGCCAACCAUGCACCCUUAUAUUAAGUGAAUAUUCUGUAAUUAUGAUAAAGAAUUGAUUGGCAUGAAGACUGUGGAUGAAGCUGAGAAUCUUUUGCUUGUGGAGGCUAUCAAAGACCCUCUGGUAUAACAUUCUUUUUUAAGGCAUCAUGGACGGAAUCUAAGCCUAAAUUAGAGAAGGAUCCUCAAAGAUGCGCAAGUGCAACUAGUCCCGGUCUUGAUCCAGCUGACAUGGAAAUGCUCUUUCAGGAACAUAGUAUAAAGAUCUUGGGGAAGUAUCAGAUAGGCCUUAGGUACACUGGAGGUGCUCGCAUGCUGUUGAUGCUUUCUCUGAAAUUUGGCAUUAUUCCAAUUGCUGUACCUGUUGGUGUUCGGGAUUUUGACAUUAAUGGUGAACUUUGGGUGAAGUUGCGACUAAUACCAACAGAACCUUGGGUGCGAGCUGCUUCGUAGGCUUUUGUUUCACUUCCAAAGAUAAAGUUCGAGCUUUCUCCAUUUCGCUUGUUCAAUUUAAUGAAUCAAAGCUAAAAAGCCUUCAUGGAAAGUAGGUUCAUCUUUUACACUAAAGAUGGUGGUGAAGAGUUCACCUAAAGUGCAACUGAUGUUGAUUCAGAUCUAAUUGAUGAAAACAGUCUUUUCACUGAAAAGGAUUUGAAGAACCCCAACUGGCGUCUGGUAAAGAGUGAUUGUGAAUUUGGAACUACAAGAAAGGCCUGCAAAAAUUGCACGUGUGGGAGGGCAGAAGAAGAGGAAAAAGUGUUGAAGUUAGGAUUGACAGCAGAACAGAUUAAUAAUCCU